CCAGUGUUUCGGAGAGGAAAAGGCGAGCGAAAGAGAGUAGCAGAGAAGAAGAUUGACGAAAGAUGUAUCUGAAGAAGCCAUUGUGGAGUAAGGGUUUAAAUUUGGAAUCUCAGUCGCAGUCACAACCUCAACCUCCAUCAUCUUCGACGCCGGUCGUUGCAGACUUGGUGAAUUCGCUCCACAAGCCGCGACUCUACCGAGAGGUCACCCUCGCCCUCCGAACCGGAUUGAAAGAUGUUCGAGCCGAAUUUUCAUUCCGCCGAGUAGGUGGCCUUCGCAACAUUCUCAAGUUCCUUCGAUCGGUCGCCGAGUCCGACACUAUGAUUUGCCUCUUCUACCACAGCCAAUCUCUCCCCGAACUCCAAGUGGUUCCUGUUCUGUUUCAGAAUUCGUUUAAGCAAUCCAAGGAUGAAGAAACACCAACUUUGGAUCAUAUAUUAAGUGUGGAGCCUAUGAAGAUAGUUAGUCCUUCCACAGACACUGAAAUUGCACUUGCGCUUAGAGUUCUGGAAGGAUGUUGUCUGCUCCACAGAGAUAGCUCAGAUUGGGCACAUCAGCACAAAGCAAUCAAGAUGCUUAUGACUAUAUUAUCAACUCGAGGACCCCUUGCGCAAGGUGCAUGCUUGGAUGCCUUAGUCUCUAUCAUGCUAGAUUCAUCAGCCAAUCAAACGGAUUUUGAGGCAUGCAAUGGAUUUGAGAAAAUUACAGAGCUUGUUAAAGACAAACAAGUGAAGGAAAAUAUAAGAAUAAGAUGUGGGGAGUUCUUGCUGCUACUUAUUGGACAUGUAAAUAGUAGAGAAAGGCCACCCAUGAUGACCAUACAUGAAGACAUGAAGCAACUUCUGGGUGAGAGGUCAGCAUCACUGAUAUGGGCAGCAAGUCAAUUCGGUUCAGCCCUUGACCCAGGGCAGUGGCAAACGGCUCUGUACAUCCAAGCUCGUAGGGUGCUCGAGUCAUUGGACCCGUACUGAAUCUACUAAUUGGGAACUGACUUAGAUGCCAACUGAUCUUGAACAGUUCAGUUGGCUAUUUGUUUAUUUGUCUGUUUUCAUUGAUUGCUACAACUUGGGGAGAAGGUUUUAGACUUCAUAGGCAUAUGAUGUAUUUCAGAGAUUUUUACUUAAUGAGAGAAUGUUUUUCAGAGAUUCA